GCGCCACCACCUUACUUUGGCAUACAGCAAUCAAGUGGAAGUAACUCGUGAGAUAAUCAUGUCGAGACGCUUUAAAGAUCUGUCAGAAAGCGAAACCUAAGAGUUAAUGAUUGAAAGGCGGGUGACGUGAUUCUCACAUUUCUUUAAAAUAUAUAUAUAUAUAUAUAUAUAUAUAUAUAUUCAUAUAUAUUAUAAAUUUAUGUAAUAGAAAAGAUACAUUUUAUUGAUGUGGGCAGGAUUUUUAUAACCAAAAACAACAAAAAAUUAAGAAUAUUAAUCGAAAAAGACUUCCUGAGAAAGAAGCUAAGGUAAAACUAAUAUCGAUAUGAAAAGAUUGAAGCUGGGCUACUCGUAAUCGGGAGGAAGAAGAGACGAAGUCAAAACACUGAGUUAAUACGGAAGAGAAGAGAGACAGAGCUGUACUUAAGACUGCUAGACACGGGCGACAGGAGUGACAGCUGUCAAUCUUGGAAGCAAAUUUCCUAAAAGCAAGAUAUAACCUGAAUUGAAGCAAAAUACAGUUCUGGCUGAAUGAAGUAAUUCAUUGUCUUUGGCCAGUGGCUUUUUUUUUUCCUGCCCUGUAGCCCACUAUGUCCAAUGUAGUGUUCUGUUGGGGUAACUCUCAAGAUGGACAAUUGGGCAUUGGAGCUGAUGAUGUCAACAUAGUAGCAAGUCCUAAACAACUGUACUCUGAUGACAUAAACAAUAUUAUUGUGAGCAUUGCUUGUGGUCAACACCACACUUUAAUUGCCCUAGAAAGUGGUGAAACCUACUCCUGUGGUAACAAUGACUACAGUCAGUUGGGACACAACAAAUCUAGAACCAGACUAGUACAUGUGGCCGCAUUGAAGAACCUGCAUGUGAACCGAGUGGCAAUUGGUGUCUAUCACAGUUUGGUGCUGCACACAGGUGGUGAGGUAUACAGCUGGGGAGAUAACAGCAGAGGACAGUUGGGAAGAGCUGCUAUAGCAGAUGAUGAAUGGUGGCGAAUACCAAAAUUAGUGAAAGAACUAGCCUUGCACACUGUGAUACAAAUAACCUGUGGAGCUUACCACUGUAUAGCCCUCACUGACAUUGGAGAUGUUUGGUGUUGGGGAGCCAAUAAUCACGGACAACUAGGCGUGGGAAUGAACUCGGAACAAUGUGAUAGACCGCGGCAUUUAAUAUGUCUACGUGGAAUACCUGUGGCUCAAAUUGCUGCAGGUGAUUACCAUAGUUUUAUUAUGUCAAAAUCAGGAGCAAUCUUUGGGUGGGGAAGAAACAGUUUUGGACAGUUGGGUUUGAAUGAUGAAAUUGAUCGUAGCUCACCUACAUUUUGUAAACCUCUCAAGUACCAGAGACUUAAGUAUAUAUCAUGUGGAGAAAACCAUACUGCUGCUCUCACUCAGGAAGGUGGUGUCUACACAUUUGGUGCUGGCGGCUAUGGUCAGUUAGGCCAUGGCACCACACACAGUGAAAUCAUGCCAAAAAUGGUAAUGGAACUAAUGGGUACAACAAUUACACAGAUAGCAUGUGGCAGGAAUCAUACAUUAGCCUAUGCAUCAACGAGUAGUAAACUGUAUGCUUUUGGACUUGGUGGAAGUGGUCAGUUGGGGUUAGGCACUACAAACAACCGCAGCAAUCCAUUUCCUAUAGCAACCCCAUUCUUUGCAACCAAGCUACCAGAACGAAUGGAAACAGAUUGUGAUGAAAAUCCAGAUUUACAAACAUUGGCUGAGUUGUCUGUAAAAAGGGUUUAUUCUGGUGGUGACCAUUGUCUUGUAGUGUGUUCCCCUGUACAGGAAAAUGUAGCAGCUGAAGAUUUCCGGGAAUCCAUUUGUGAACAGAAACCUCUCACCUGUACUCAGGCUCUCUUUGAAGAAAUGUAUAGUAUUUCAGAAGAUGAGCAGCCAUCUCAGGAUUUAUUAGAAAGAGUAGAAAAAGUAUUCUCCUCUGCUUCUUGUUUAAAUGGAUCAUUCUUACAUAACGACCAUGUCCAUUGUAACAUCAAGAAUAGUGGUGUUGACAUGAAACGUGUCAGGCAGCAUGUCAGUGAGUUGGCACAGCUUGACAACAAACAAUUAGUAAAUCGUAUAUUAGACCAUUUAGUGAAUAACCUGAUCUCCCAGUUGCCAAAGUCUCCCCCUCACAUGGAAGCUCUCCGGUUGUACUUGAUUCUACCUGAGAUGUCUUUUAUGGAUCAGCCACAUCGUCAUAGCGCUUUGAUCACACCUUUUGGUUUGAAGCUGAUUCAGCUUGAUAGGGCUGCGCUACGAGUCCUUGAAUCAUGGUGGGCCAUGCUGGAGUCAAAGUAUUUCAGCAGAAUUGUUUAUGUUUACAAACAGUGUCUUAGUUAUAUAUUUUCAUCCCCAUUAGCUACUAGGGAAUCUGAUCAACAAAUCAAGAAGAGAACGGUGCUUGUCUCAAUGGAAGUUCUCAAGAAGCUCAAUUCGGUGAAUGAAAGUAAUGGCCAGAUCAUCCCAUACCACCAAUUCUAUGUGCCUGAAGUGAAGGAGGCUGUAAACAUCAGGCAGGACUAUAUAGCAUGGAUUCAGAAGACUAGUAACAUGGAAAUGUCAGAGAGCGAAACUUUGCUAUUUUGUGAUUACGCCUUCCUGUUUGACGCAGCAACAAAGUAUGUGCUUCUUAAGACAGAUAACUACCUUCAAAUGCGGUAUGCCAUUGGGGAAGUGGCUUUCCUGAACACUACAACCUUUUCCAAUGCAUUUGGCCAAAUCAACCCUUGUCUUAUGCUUCUUGUUCAACGAGACAACAUCAUGCAAAACACCCUUGACCAGCUCAACAAGCGCAGUCCUGCUGACCUCAAGAAACCAUUAAAAGUGAUAUUUGCUGGAGAAGAAGCUGUUGAUGAAGGUGGUGUAACAAAGGAGUUUUUCCUACUUAUCAUGCGUGAAAUUCUAAACCCUGACUAUGGUAUGUUCAAAUACUAUGAGGAGUCCAGGUUAAUGUGGUUUAAUAGUGAAACUUUUGAAACUACUGACAAAUUUCAUUUGAUUGGAACAAUAUGUGGCUUGGCCAUCUAUAACUUUACCAUAAUUGUCUUGCCAUUCCCUUUAGCAUUGUUUAAGAAAUUGCUGAACAAGCCUGUUACUCUCGAUGAUCUCAAAGAGUUGAUGCCGUCCAUUGGGAGGAGUUUAGAACAAAUUCUGGCAUAUGGAGAAGACGAUUUUGAGGAAGUCUUUGGCAUUACAUUUGAGAUAUCAGUGGAAAGUUUUGAGAAAGUGAAAAAUGUUGAAUUGGUUCCUGGCGGCGCAAAGAAAGUUGUAAAUAAAUCAAAUAGAAAAGAAUUUGUUGACGCUUACGUGGACUACAUCUUCAAUAAAUCUGUUGAGAAAGAAUUCCUGGCUUUCAGUGAAGGCUUUUCUAAAGUGUGCAGGAGCAAAGCUUUGGAAUUACUGCAUCCCCGUGAAUUACAAGCAAUGGUUAUUGGCAAUGAACAAUAUGAUUUUAUAGAACUUGAAAAGAAUACCACUUACAAAGAUGAAUACCACCGUUAUCACACUACUAUCAAAUUCUUCUGGGAAGUAUUUUUGGACUUGUCACUGGAAGACAAAAAGAAAUUCUUGUUGUUUCUAACUGGGAGUGACAGAAUUCCUAUCACUGGAAUGACCUCUCUCAAGAUGAUUAUUCAACCAACCAAAAGUGGAGAAGAUUAUUUACCUGUUGCUCACACAUGCUUCAACCUACUCGACCUGCCUAGAUACACCUCAAAAGCGAAACUUCAUUCCAAACUGUUGCAAGCCAUUAACCAGACAGAGGGCUUUGGACUUGUGUAAAUCACUAAUCAGCCUCUACUUGUGCCUGGGUAUCUUAAUCAACAGUUGUCAUCUGCUGGUCAUUUGCUAAGAAGGCUGCCAAGCUCAGCAAACUAAAAUUGAUUAAAAAAUAAUAAACAAACACCAUACAUAACUGGCGACUUCUUUUGACAAUAUCACUCACAUUCCUUUUUGUUGAUUGGUGAAAAUAAAAGUUAAGUAUCAAAAAAAUCCAAAAAUGAAUGAAAGAAGGAAGUAUUUGAGAAAGAAAGUAGAAGUAUAAAAAAGAAUGAAGAAAUGAUCCAUCGCAGGUGAAACAGAUAUUAGUUGUGCUUUUUAAAUCUCGCAGAUAAUAUUUUAUCCUCUUACAGGAAGUGGGAUUUCGAGGCACGUUGGGGUUUUUUCUUUGUUUUUUGGGGAGGUUUUUUUAAAUCUAAAUUGAUAUUAAAUUACGGAAGAUUUUAUUUUAUGGGGAAGGGUAAAAGAAAGAAUUACUGCCUCCUAAUCCCACAUCUUUCUCCCACCACAUGAAAGCUGAAAAUAAAGAAGGGUUAAAAUAUU